GCCGAGGCCAGCGUUGGGGACACCUCGGGGCUCAAGGAGAGGAAGAAGCGGCGGCGGCGGCGGCGGCGGCAGCAGAAGCAACGAAGGCAAGCGCGCCAGAGAAGGGGUUCGGGAGACCCAGACCGAGCGAGCUGUCCCUGCACGAGGCUGCCCCACACCGGCUGCUCUCGGCUUUUCGGGACCAACCUCCCCCCCCAUCCCACCGCCCGAAAGACGCGCGACCGGACACCCGAGGUCCCGCCACCACCGUCCACCGCGGACAGCUCGCCCCCCCCCCCUCCCUCGCCACCGCCGGCGAGGCCCGGGGCGGACCGGCAGAGACCUUUCCACCACCCUCCCGCGCCCCCCCCCCCACCGCUUCACCCCGGACAGCCUGGGCCGUCCGGAUGUGCACUAAAAUGGAACAGCCCUUUUACCACGACGACUCGUACGCGGCGGCGGGAUACGCGCGGACCCCGGGAGGCCUCUCUCUCCACGACUACAAACUCCUGAAACCCAGCCUGGCGCUCAACCUGGCGGAUCCCUACCGCGGUCUCAAAGCGCCCGCGGCGCGCGGCCCGGGCCCGGAGGGCACCGGGGCCAGCAGUUACUUUUCCGCCCAGGGUUCGGACACCAGCGGGGCGUCUCUGAAACUCGCCUCCACCGAGCUGGAGCGCCUGAUCGUCCCCAACAGCAACGGUGUGAUCACGACGACGCCCACGCCCCCGGGACAGUACUUUUACCCUCGCGGGGGCAGCGGCGGCGGAAGCGCCGGGGGCGCGGGGGUCGGCGUCACCGAGGAGCAGGAGGGCUUCGCCGACGGCUUCGUCAAAGCCCUGGACGACCUGCACAAGAUGAAUCACGUGACGCCCCCCAACGUGUCCUUGGGUACCAGCGGGGGUCCCCAGGCCGGACCCGGGGGCGUCUACGCUGGCACCGAACCCCCUCCCGUCUACACCAACCUCAGCAGCUACUCCCCGGCCUCGGCGACGUCCGGAGGUGCUGGGGCAGCCGUCGGGAGCGGGAGUUCGUAUCCGACGGCCACCAUCAGCUACCUCCCCCACGCGCCGCCCUUCGCCGGAGGCCACCCGGCACAGCUGGGCUUGGGUCGCGGCGCCUCCGCCUUCAAGGAGGAACCGCAGACCGUGCCGGAGGCGCGCAGCCGCGACGCCACGCCGCCCGUGUCGCCCAUCAACAUGGAAGACCAGGAGCGCAUCAAGGUGGAGCGCAAGCGGCUGCGGAACCGGCUGGCCGCCACCAAGUGCCGGAAGCGGAAGCUGGAGCGCAUCGCGCGCCUGGAGGACAAGGUGAAGACGCUCAAGGCCGAGAACGCAGGGCUGUCCAGCACCGCCGGCCUCCUCCGCGAACAAGUGGCCCAGCUCAAACAGAAGGUCAUGACCCACGUCAGCAACGGCUGCCAGCUGCUGCUCGGGGUCAAGGGACACGCCUUCUGAGCCCCGCCACCCCCCACUCCAUACGGACACCCCCGCCCCGUCCCCACACCCCUAGCCUGGACGGCCGAGCGCACUCCUUCCUACCACUGGGGCCGAGGGGCAGGCGGUGGACAUGCGCCCCGAGG